AUGGACGUGUUUUGGUGCCUGCUGCUCGCCGCCCUCCUGCUCCACCACACAACGUGCGCCGGUGAUGGGGCAGAGUUGACCAGCGCCGUGGGCAGGUCCGUCACCUUCCUCCUCCAGAACCUGGAUGAAGAAGCCGCAGCCUGGAGCUUUCACAACGAUGUCAUAGUGACCGUCAAAUUCGGCAAUCCUCCUGAAGUCACGUUUUUUGACGACAACUACAAGCCGCGCUUGGCCUUCCCCAAGAAUGGCAAUGCGCUCACCAUCUCCCAGCUGAGGAUGGACGAUGCCGGUACCUACACCGCAAAGACCUCAGGGGUAAAAACCACCUUCAUCCUACACGUUUACAGGGAGCUGGAGGUGCCAACGGUGACCUGCGCGGCGCAGAACUGCUCGGCCGACGGCUGCCGCUACACCCUGCGCUGCACUGCGUCAGGCUCUGGCUACGGCAACGUCUCCUACAGCUGGAGCGUGGGGGACGGGCCACGGAGCGAGGGGCCCACAGUGCUGGUGGAGGAGUCGCCCCUGGACAAGUUGCUGCCGCUGCUCACGUGCACGGUGCGAAACCCUGUCAGCAGCCGCAACACCACUGUCGUCUCGCCCGCUGCCCUUUGUGCAGGCACCUACUCCAGCAGGCAGGCUGGAAUUGUGGCUGCGUUGGUGACUGGAGUCGGAGUGCUUUUAGCAGUGGUUAUCUUUGUGAUCUACUGUAAAUCCAAAGAGGCCGGAGCAGAGUACGCGACGGUGUAUGCCCAAGUCGGCCCUUCCCAGCAGGUGCACCUGCAGAAUUUCUCUAAUGCGCAGCGAGACGACCCGCAGAAGACGCUGACCCCCGGUGUGGAGACCUCCAAAACCAUCUAUUUCACCAUCCAGGCUAUGGCCCAGACGGAUGAUGAGAAAAUGGGCAACGGCAUGCCUGCUGGGAGCAGGAUGAGAAAAACGUCUACUCCGGUGUACCCAUGA